AUGCCAUUCGGUCUCAAGAACGCCGGUGCUACCUACCAACGGGCCAUGACGGCGGUGUUUCAUGAUAUGAUGGGAAAAGAGGUGGAAGACUACGUGGAUGACCUUGUAGUAAAAUCCAAAACCAGAGGAAGUCAUCAAGGAGUUCUGAGGCAGGUGCUGGAAAGGUGCCGGCUGUACGGGUUAAAGAUGAACCCAAAGAAAUGUGCAUUCAGAGUCUCAUCCGGCAAGUUUCUGGGCUUUCAGGUACACCAGCGUGGCCUUGCUGCCAUGGUGAGUGUUUUCACUCAUCUACUCAAAAAAGGGAAGCCAUAUAUAUGGAGCCAAGAAUGCCAAGAAUCUUACCGACGGGUGCAACAACUAAUCACUAAGCUACCCACGAUGAGGGCACCUAUUCCGGGGCUUCCACUCAAGCUUUACUUGGCUGCAACAAAUACUGCAGUCGGAGCGUUGCUUGCCCAAGAUGGCCAUGACGGGGAGGAAAGCACCAUUUAUUAUGUAAGCCGACAACUAAGAGGAGCUGAAGCAAGGUACCCAAAAACGGAACUCUUAUGCCUUGCUCUUGUCUAUGUUGCACAGCGCUUGCGACACUACUUCCUUGCUCACAAGCUACAGCUCAUAGUAAGAUCCGACCCUGUAAGAUAUUUGCUCACGAGGCCGGUGUUAUCUGGUCGUCUCGCACGUUGGUUGUUACAGCUAUCCGAAUUCGAUAUCACAUGCGCAACUCCUAAGGCCAUGAAGGGACAAGCCGUAAUUGACAUGCUAGCUUUAUUUCCCGAAAUAAAGGAAUCAACUAUUUCUGAGGAAGUCCUGGGAAAGCUGCUGGAAAUGGUUACUACUGUUAUAGAGGAGGAGCCAUGGACCCUCUACUUUGAUGGGUCUUCCACAUCAAAAGGUGGAGGGGCAGGUGUGGUGCUCAUUAAUCCCGAUGGGCAAGCUACGGCUCUCUCAUUCAAGCUAGACUUUCCAUACACGAACAAGCAUUAG